AUGGGUCACAUCGAUAUCGAAGAGCAACUGGCCGGUGCAGCUACCCCAGCACCGGUACUCAAUGACGAUGAGAAAUAUGAGAAGGAUCUUGAAGAUGGAUCAACCUCAGUUGAUCUCGAGGAACUUGCUCCUCGUGACCCCAACAUUGUUGACUGGGACGGCCCCGAUGAUCCAGCCAAUCCCCAAAACUGGUCGGCAAAGAAGAAGACAAUAACUGUUGUGCUUGUCUCGUCCAUCACAUUUGUCACACCGUUGGCUUCGUCUAUUUUCGCGCCAAGUAUUGAUCAAGUGAUGAGAGAGUUCCACUCAACAAAUCAGCAACUGGCGUCGUUUAUCGUCUCCGUUUACCUUCUUGGGUACUGUUUCGGUCCAUUGGUUGUUGCGCCCUUGUCUGAGAUGUAUGGUCGCCUUCCGCUUUAUAACAUUUGCAACGUUCUCUUUGUCGUCUUUAACAUUGCUUGCGCCAAGGCUCCCAACUUGGCGGGCCUGAUUAUUUUCCGACUCCUCGCAGGUCUCGCUGGUUGCUGCCCGCUCACACUUGGAGCUGGAACACUGGCCGAUAUGAUCUCUAAGGAGAAGCGUGGAGCUGCCAUGUCCUCGUGGGUUUUGGGACCUCUCCUGGGACCUGUCGUUGGACCGAUUGCUGGCGGAUAUUUGUCCGAGGCUAAAGGUUGGCGUUGGUCGUUCUGGGUGGUGGCUAUGGUGAGCGGCGCGAUUGCACUGGCAAGCUUUAUCUUCAUGCGAGAGACAUACGCCUAUGCCCUGCUAGAGAAAAAGACUAAGAAGCUUCGAAAGGAGACCGGCAACCCUAAGCUCAGGUCUGCUCUGGACAAGGGAACUACAACCAAGGAGCUGUUCAGCUUGGCCAUGGUUCGCCCAACCAAGAUGCUGCUCUUCUCGCCCAUCGUCUUUCUCCUCUCGCUGUACAUGGCCAUCAUCUACGGAUACCUGUAUCUCAUCUUUACUGCCAUGCCCAUGAUCUUUGAGGGGCAAUAUGGCUUCUCGAGCGGAUCCGUUGGCCUCACCUACUGCGGUAUUGGCGUUGGUUCCUUGAUAGGUCUUGCUAUUGCAGGAGCCACAUCUGAUCCUCUCGUGAGAUAUCUCACCAAGAAGAAUGGUGGAGAGUCCAAGCCAGAGUACCGACUCCCGGUCAUGACUGGAGCAUGUGUCCUGAUCCCGGCUGGCCUGUUCCUUUUCGGAUGGUCUGCUGAGAACAACAACCAUUGGAUUCUUCCUAUCAUCGGAACUGGUUUCUUGGGCACUGGCAUGGUUGCCGUAUUUAUGUGCAUCUCAGUCUACCUGGUCGAUGCGUACCUGGAGUAUGCUGCAUCCGCCAUAGCUGCCAGCACCGUGUUCCGCUCACUGGUGGGAGCACUGCUGCCCUUGGCUGGUCGAAAGAUGUACGACACGCUGGGUCUCGGAUGGGGUACAUCGCUGCUUGCCUUCAUCGCAGUGGCGGCGAUUCCAGUGCCGCUGAUCUUUAUCAAGUAUGGUGAGAAAAUUCGAAGUCGGAAUCUGUUUGAUGUCGAGUUUUGA